AGAGAGAGAGAGAGAGAGAGAGAGAGAGAGAGAGUGAGGGGGGAGUGCCUAGACAGAGAUGCACACAGAGAGAGAGUGAGAGUGAGUGAGAGUGAGAGGGAGAGGGAGAGAGCUUUUAAGGGAUUUGGCAGUGAUUUGUAGAAUCUCACUGCUAUAAUGUUGCGCUUUUUCUGCACUUUCCCCCGACUCUGCCACGAUACUAUACCCUAAAGCCUCAAAAGUCAGUCAAAUCACAACUACUUCUCCUGGGUUUUUUUCACUAUUGUUUUUGGUGUUGUGGUGAUUUUUGAGAGUGCAUUGAGAAGGCUGUCUGAGAUGUUAGAGGAUUUACUUUUUGGUGAGGAUAGAGGAGCCUUGCCUCUACAUAUAUAAUCACAUUUUUGGAACCAUGGAUAGAGGCCUGUGUGGAGGAGCUCGUGUGAUGGAUAAAAUCCAGACUGGUCGAUGAAGAAUGGGCAGGUGUCAAACGUAGAGGGAGUGGCCUGGUGCUGUCAGUACCUCUGCUGGUCAUCAUCAUGACAUCAGAGGACCGCUCUUCCCAUCAGUGCUCCUGGCUCGGGUCACUAUGUGGACACAGGAUGUGGGCUGGGCUGCUGUGGGUGCUGCUGCUGCUGGGUACCAUCCCCAGCUCGUGGGCUCAGCAGGGCGCCCAGCCCCAGUCCAUCAAAAUCGAGGGCGACAUCACCCUGGGCGGCCUGUUCCCGGUGCAUUCCCGAGGGCCUGCCGGGGUGCCCUGCGGGGAGGUUAAGAGAGAGAAGGGGAUCCACCGACUGGAGGCCAUGCUGUACGCUUUGGACCAGAUCAACAGUGACCCAGACCUGCUGCCCAACAUCACUCUGGGGGCCCGGAUCCUGGACACCUGCUCCAGAGACACCUACGCCCUGGAGCAGUCUCUCACCUUUGUCCAGGCCCUCAUCCAGAAGGACACCUCGGACGUUCGCUGCUCGAACGGAGAGCCCCCCAUCAUCCCCAAACCAGAGAGGGUGGUCGGGGUGAUCGGGGCAUCUGGCAGCGCGGUGUCCAUCAUGGUGGCCAAUGUGCUCAGACUGUUCUCGAUCCCCCAGAUCAGCUACGCCUCCACGGCUCCGGAGCUGAGCGACAAAAGCCGAUACGAGUUCUUCUCCCGCGUGGUGCCACCUGAUUCCUACCAGGCCCAGGCCAUGGUGGACAUCGUCAAAGCCAUGGGCUGGAACUACGUCUCCACGUUGGCCUCCGAGGGCAACUACGGAGAGAGUGGCGUAGAUGCCUUCCUCCAGAUAUCCAGAGAAGCAGGUGGGGUGUGCAUUGGACAGUCCAUAAAGAUUCCCAGAGAACCCAGACAUGGGGAGUUUGACAAAAUCAUCAAGAGACUGAUGGAAACCUCUAACGCUCGUGGGGUGAUAAUCUUUGCCAACGAGGAUGACAUCAAGCGGGUAUUGCAGGCUGCCAAAAUAGCCAACCUGACAGGACACUUUCUGUUUGUCGGCUCUGACAGUUGGGGGGCCAAAAGCUCCCCGAUUCAAGACCAGGAGGAGGUGGCAGAGGGCGCUGUCACCAUCCUUCCCAAAAGAGCCUCUAUUGAUGGCUUUGACCAGUACUUCAGUACGAGAUCUCUGGAAAACAACAGGAGAAACAUCUGGUUUGCAGAAUUCUGGGAGGAUGACUUCAAGUGCAAACUAACUCGCCCCGGUAUAAAAUAUGAACCUGGCAGAAGAAAAUGUACAGGGGAGGAAAGAAUCAGUCAAGACUCUCAGUACGAACAGGAGGGCAAGGUGCAGUUUGUGAUUGAUGCUGUGUAUGCCAUGGCCCACGCUUUACACAGCAUGCACAUAGACCUCUGCCCCGGCUUCAUGGGCGUCUGCGAGAAGAUGGACCCUGUGGAAGGACAAAUGCUCCUUCAAUAUAUCCACUCUGUCAGCUUCAACGGCAGCGCAGGAACUGGAGUCAUGUUCAAUGAGAAUGGAGAUGCUCCCGGUCGGUACGACAUCUUCCAGUACCAACUGUCUAAUGUCAGCAACCCCGGCUACAAGGAUAUUGGUCAAUGGACAAACCAACUCCGACUCAAUGCUGAGGAGAUGCAGUGGUCAGGUGGUGACCGCAAGGUCCCCGAAUCAGUGUGCAGUUUCCCCUGCGAGUCUGGUGAGAGGAAGAAAAUGGUGAAGGGCGUUCCCUGCUGCUGGCACUGUGAGUUCUGCGAUGGCUAUCAGUACCUUCUGGAUGAGUUCUCCUGUGACAUGUGCCCGUUUGACAUGAGGCCCUUCAAGAACCGCACUGGGUGCCGGGACACACCCAUUAUCAAGCUGGAGUGGAGCUCUCCCUGGGCCAUCAUCCCCGUCUUCCUGGCCAUCCUGGGCAUCCUGGCCACCACCGGAGUCAUUGUGACCUUCAUACGCUUUAACGACACGCCCAUUGUGCGGGCCUCGGGCAGAGAGCUCAGCUACGUGUUGCUGACAGGCAUCUUCCUCAUCUACCUCAUCACCUUCCUCAUGAUAGCUGAGCCCAGUGUGCCAGUGUGCGCCUUCCGCAGGCUGCUGUUGGGGCUUGGCAUGUGCAUCAGCUAUUCUGCCAUGCUCACCAAGACCAACCGGAUUUACCGCAUCUUCGAACAGGGCAAGAAGUCGGUCAGUCCUCCGAAAUUCAUCAGCCCCACCUCUCAGCUGAUUAUCACCUUUAUACUCAUCUCAGUACAGUUACUUGGGGUGUUCAUCUGGUUCGGUGUGAUGCCCCCCCACACCAUCAUCGACUACGAGGAGCAGAAGCCUCCAAACCCAGAGUUGGCCCGAGGAGUCCUUAAGUGUGACAUGUCCGACCUGUCCCUCAUCCUAUGUCUGAGCUACAGUAUCGUACUGAUGAUCACCUGCACGGUGUAUGCCAUUAAGAGUAGAGGAGUUCCUGAGACAUUCAAUGAGGCUAAGCCCAUUGGCUUCACCAUGUACACGACCUGCAUCGUCUGGCUGGCUUUCGUACCCAUCUUCUUUGGGACGGCACAGUCGACUGAGAAGAUGUUCAUCCAGACCACCACGCUGACGGUGUCCAUGAGCCUGAGCGCCACCGUGUCCCUGGGCAUGCUCUACAUCCCCAAGGUGUACGUCAUCAUCUUCCACCCGGAGCAGAACGUCCAGAAGAGAAAGCGCAGUUUCAAAGCCGUGGUGCAGGCGGCCACCGUGUCCACGCACCUCUCCCAGAAGUCCAACGACAAACCGAACGGAGAGUCCAAGAUAGUGCCGGACAGAUCCCAGUGAGACAAAGACAACACGAGUCCAUGUCUCAUCAUCUUCAAAACAAGCCCACAAUGUACUGGUUGAUGAUAAGUGAAGGAAAAAAAAAAAUCUGCGUCUACUCCUGUUGGCUGAAUUCAUUUGUUUCUUCUCCCCUCAGCUAUGGAUUGAAACACCAGCAAAAUAUGUUCUUGUUUUCUUUUCACACGUAGACUCCUCAGAACUACUGAAACUGGAAUGAAGCAUAAAAGGAAACAGAAACACUCACUCUGAGAAUGGACCACUUUUUAAUCAACAUUACAUGCGUGCUUAGUUUUAACUCUCCUUGGGAAAUGCUGUCUAGGAAAAAAGAAGUUGAGCUUAAACAGCGACCUUUGCCCUACAGGAAGAUGUACAUGUGUGUGGAGAAGCGUUGUUUGUAAUCUCUAAAAGCACUGCAUGGAUUGUGUGUUUUAUGUGAAUGUUUUUGAAAGAUUGUUUGUUUGUUUGUUUUUGGGGGGGGUCUCACAUUUUCUUCUGAUCGCACUGGAAGUUAGUAGCUUUUAAAAUGCACCAUCACCUCCUUUAACUAUUUCUGAUUAACUCCUGUCAGAGGGUAAAAUUCAUCACUGGACUCAAACCUGUGGCGGAAUUAUUCAAUAUCAAAUCUCCAGCACAACACAGUGUUUGUGUACGAUCAUUAUGGCACAGGCUGAUUCUCACAGUGGAAACAAUUAAUUCAGAGGUGAUUGUUAACAGGAUGUUUAUCUUCAGGUACUAAUACUUUUCCACAGAGGAAAACAAUGUUUGGCAUUUCCCCAUAUUGUCAAGCAAAGCUGCUCUGGCAGUUUGUGUGGCAGGAUGCCAAUCUAACAGACAAGCUGCUGUAGUGUUCAUGCAUGGGAACCUUGUCAGAAAGCUUCACUGCAUCGGUUGUAUUUGAUUUUGUGCCAUGAAAGCUUUUCUAAAUUCUCAUUUCUGCUAACAUUUUAAUACAUUUAGCAUGAGGUAAUUCCUAAAAUCUACAACAGUCCCUUUAUCUACCUGAUUAUAUUUUGCCGUGUUACUUCUGUUACUUCUGUUACUUGAUCACUAUGUACAACUCAGGUUUUUACUGAAGGUGUUUUGACAAACGUUUGUCUCGAGGAAUACCUUCUGUUCUGGUGCAGCCGUUUCAACCGUUUCCACAGGAGCAACUACAGCCAUCACCACGAGCGAUGCAUUUCCCCUCACGGUGCAGGACUUGGAUUCAUGUCCUCAUGUGAGAAAACACUGUUUGUACUGCCCUCUGCAGGAGCGCGCACCUCAGUGAAAUGUUUGUGAAUAAAAGCACAGCCAAGAGGGAA